AUGCGGUAUUCUUCGGACUUCAUUGAGGUGAACAUCCCUCGUUCCUUAUUAAGAAUUAAUGAGAUUCCAACCGCAACAAGAAUCUUGCUAUUGGCAUAUAUAUUCAAUACAUCAUGCCUUUUUUACAUAAGGAACUCAACUUACUACAGCCUUUUAGCAUCGGAUGCCUCUCUGAAGUAUUCUGAAGUGAUAUGUCCUUUUUUACAGCUGGUACCUGAGAAACUCGCAGAAUAUCCACUAUCGAUUGUGUUUUCUAAUUUCGUUGAUACCGAGUUAUGGAAAAUCUUAGUAAACUUGGUCAACAUUAUUAUUGGUGGAACAUUUAUUGAAAAGAAUUGGAAUAGCUCGAGAGAGGUUCUCAUCUUUACUAUAGUCAUUGGCUCAAUUACUAAUAUAUCCGUUGUUUUAUGUACUUUCCUUUUCUCCCAAUUUUUUUCUGGCUUGAAUAUGAAAGUUCCGAUUGAUGGGAAUUAUACAAUUAUUGUUGGUUUUCCGAUAAUAUAUAAACAAUUGUUGCCAGAAACAACAAUUCUUAAUAUAAAGUCGCCAAAAAUUAUUGCCAAAAACUUCAGAUUUAAAUUAUUACCCAUAUUUACUUUAUGUCUGUUGACCGGUAUGCAACUCAUCUGGUUCCAUCAUAUAGCCCAGCUGCUUUCCAUAUGGGUAACGUUCUUCUCAUGUUGGAUUUAUCUAAGGUUUUUCCAAACAUUGCCUUUCAAUGAAAAUACGAUAAUCGGCGAUGCUUCUGACACAUUCCAACUAAUAUACUUUUUUCCAGAUAUAAUAAAACCUGUGUUGAAACCCAUUUUUGACUCUGUCUACAACAUUUUAUGUGUCAAACUUAAGGUGAUUAAACCAUUCGAGGUCAUAGACAUCGAUAAGGGAAAUGAUAUUGCAAGCCAAAGGGGUGCGAAAAAAAUUGAUGCCACCGUCGAAGAUAGGCGGAGGGAAUUGGCUCUCAUGGUCCUCCAAGAGAGGAUCGUAUAA